CUUUUAUUAAGAAUUAUAUUUAAUAUGAAACAAAGGCUUAAUAUUUUAGAUUUAAAAAGCGUUGUAAGCGAGUUACAGGAACUUUUAGAAUUUCGCUUACAAAAUAUUUAUGAUAUUUCAGAAAGGAUUUUUCAGUUUAAAUUUUCAUCUUCUGGUCGCAAGGAGUACCUUCUUGUAGAAUGUGGGUCUCGGAUUCAUUUGACAAGAUAUGUUCGUGAAACAGCAGCAUUACCAUCACAAUUUUGUGCUAAACUACGAAAACAUUUGAAAAAUAGACAACUUGUGUCUUUGAAGCAUAUUUGUAAUGAUAGAAUUGUAUAUUUAGGAUUUGGAAGAAGUAAUGAAACGAAAGAAUUGUUUAAAGCUCAAUAUUAUCUUAUUUUUGAGUUUUAUGCUUCAGGAAAUAUUAUUUUGGCAGAUGAAAAUAUGAAAAUACUUUUUCUUUAUCGUAUGGUAGUAUUUGGUGAUAAACGUAAACAGUUUUCUGUAGGAGAAAUAUAUCAUGUUUCAUCUAGUAUUUCUCAAGAUGAAGCUGAAAUGACAAAGGAUAGUUUAUUGUCUCUAAUUCAUACAUUAAAAGAUAAAUAUAUAACGUUUUCUGAUGAUGUUUCAUCGAAAAAUAUUUUUUCUUUAUCUGUUUGCAAAAAGGCAUUAAAAAAGGGAAAAACACUAAAGGAUUUUCCUUUAAAGAAGUUUAUUUCUUGGGAGUUAAGUGGUUAUGGAAAUUCUCUUAUUGAACAUAUCAUAAGAGAUGCUAAUAUUGACCCUGAUAUGAAACUUGAUGAGUUUUAUUCGAAUUUAGAAAGCAUUAAUAUGGAUGAUCUACUUUUGUCUUUCAAAAAAGCGGAUGAUAUUAUUAGAAAAUGUAGAGAGAAUCCUGUGACUGGAUAUAUUGUUGAGAAAAAAGAACCAAUAAAAGUUAAAAGUGAAAAUUUAAACAAUAUUCAAGCAGAGUCUACUUUGGAUUAUAUAAGAAUUUAUUUAGAUUUUAAUCCAUUUAUUCCAAAACAAUUUUCUGAUAAUCCAGAUUAUUCUAUUAUUGCAUAUGAUAACUAUAAUAGUUGUAUAGAUAUGUUUUUUUCUUCACUAGAAUCCCAGAAAUUCGACAUGAAAUUGAAACAUCAGGAAGAUCUUGCUUAUCGACGUUUACAGGCAACAAAAGAAGAGCUUCAAAAGAAGAUUGAUGAUCUAAAAAAAAUUCAAAAUAUUUCUAUACAGAAAGCAGUUGCUAUAGAAGAAAAUUUGGAAAUAGUUGAUGAAACAAUUAAGGCAGUUAACGAUUGCCUUUUGCAGAGUAUGGAUUGGAAUGAUAUCGCUAAAUUGAUUGAAAAUGAGAAAGAAUACGGAAAUCCUGCUGCUAAAAUCAUAUCUCUUCCUCUUAAAUUAAAAUUAAAUACCAUUACAAUUAAAUUAUCUUCUGUGCGUUCAGAUGAUGCUUUUGAACAGGGACAGGACUCUAAUUUAUUUCAUAUUCAAAAAGAUAGAACAGAAACAUUAGAUAUUGAUAUCAAAUUAUCAAUGAAUGCAUGGGCAAAUGCUAGAGAUUAUUAUGAUAAGAAAAAACUUGCAUCAAUAAAAGAAAAGAAAACUGUAGCUGCCUCUUUUAAAGCAUUGAAGAAUGCAGAGAGAAAAAUUAAGUUUGAUUUAAAAAAAAGUGCUGGACAAGAAAAAAAAAAAAUAGUUCCUAUGAGGACUUUACGUUGGUUUGAGAAAUUUUUAUGGUUUAUUAGUUCGGAUGGAUAUUUAGUAUUAGGAGGGCGUGAUUCAUUGCAAGAUAAAAUUUUGAUAAAAGAUCAUUUUUUCGAAAAUGAUAUAUAUGUACAUGCUGAUUUAAAGGACGCAUCUGUUGUCAUUAUUAAAAAUAUGCAUGAUUCAUUAUUUGUCCCUCCAAGCACUCUUAGUCAGGCUGGUGCAUUUUCAAUAUCUAAGUCAAAUGCAUGGACCAGUAAAAUUGUUACAAGUGCAUGGUGGGUUCGUUAUGAUCAAGUUAUCAAGCAUGAAGACGUUGAAGAGCAAUCGCUUAUUGAAGUAUUUACAAUUCAAGGAAAAAAGAAUUUUUUGCCUCCCUCACAACUUAUUCUUGGAUACGGAAUUUUAUGGGUUGUUGAUGAAGAUAGUAAAGUACGUCGUCUUAAAAAUAAAUUAUCUGAAAAUAAUCAAAAUAAUUCGUUGAUCAAUAUAACAUUAAAUCAGGAAGCUACAUUUGUUACUGAAAAAAUAAUUGAUCUUUCAUUAAAUCACGAAGAGAAAAAAGUGGACAUUACUGAUACAUUAGAUAAGAGUUUUAUAGAUAAUUUUGAGGAAUCUAGUAAUCAAAAUAACCCAUUAAUAUAUUUAAAAGAUACAUUGAUUGAAAAACCUUUAGAAGAAAUUGAGAAUGAAAGCAAAUAUAACCUGGAAGAAUAUCAUGAGCCUUUAUCAUUAGAAAGCAAGAAAAUUAUUUCUGAUAUAUGUACUAUUUAUCAAAAAAUUGAAAAAAAAAGAAUGAGUUUUAAGGAAAGACGAGAUAUAAAAAAUAUGCAAAUGAAAACUCGAAAAACAAAGGAGAAUCCUGAGAAAACAAAGGAAAAUCCUGAGAAAACAAAGGAGAAUCCUGGAAAAACAAAGGUGAAUUCUGGGAACACAAAAGACCAGAAUUCUGAGUCAUUAAAUAUAAAAGUUGGCACGGAAAUUUCAAACUCAAAACCUCUUGAUACAAACAAAACGAAAGAAAAUGGUAAUUUAUUAUCAACAAAUGUAAGGGGAAAGAAAGGAAAAAUAAAAAAAAUAAUGCUUAAAUAUGCAGAUCAAGAUGAAAAUGAUAGAAUUUUAAGAAUGAAAUUGUUAGGGUCUAAUAUAAGUUCUGAAAAGAAAGAUUUAAAAGAAAAUAAAAAGUCUAUAGUAAAUAAAAAGCAUAAGGCAAAUAAAGAUAUAAAAAAUACUGGUGGUAAUAAUAAUUAUAAUAAUAAAAAAGAAAUUUUUCAGAAUAAUUCUGAAAAAAAAAAUAACCAUUUAUUGGUGAAAGAAAAUAUUAAAGUACCUAAUAAUAAAGAAAAGAAUUACGAAAUAAAUUUGGAUGCUUUUGUACCAUUUCCAUUAUCUGAUGAUGUUUUGGUAGAAGCAAUUCCUAUUUGUGCUCCUUAUUCUUCUAUGGCUAAAUAUAAAUAUAAAAUUAAAUUACAACCGGGUUCAACUAAAAAAGGAAAGGCAAUUCGUAGUAUUAUUGCUUAUUGGAAUGCUUUACCAAUUGAUCUACUUUGUGAAGAUGAUGAAAAGGUUUUUCCACGAGAAAGAGAACUAAUCCAAUCUUUAAAAGAUUCCGAACUAUUAUCUCCUGUUUAUAUUCCUACUCUCAAAACAAUGAUGGGUAAAUCUAAAAAUGAUAUUUUCUCCAAAACUAAUCGUCGUAAACAUUUUUAA